AAACGUUUCAGCAGAGAAAGGAUGGUCCAAUAGCUUAUCUUUUGCAGAACUUUGUAUAUACUGAAAUUCAUGGUAAAAUAGCUGUUAAUGUGCUGUCUUUUAAUAAAGCUGUUUUCCAGUGUGCACGUGAGGGUUCUUUCUGCUGCUUCCUGCUCGGGGUCGCCACAGUGGCUCACCUGCUCCGCAUGAUUUGAUUUGGCACUGGACGUUUCUCCCACUAUCCGGGCUUGGGACCGUCACUGAGGGUUAGCUUCAGUGGCUGGCUUAGCUUCAGUGACUGUGUUAAAUCCCUACCCGGGAAGGAGAUCCUACCUAUGUACAGAGGGAGUGAUGACAGUAUAACAACUGGCUUUAUAUCAAAUACUGUCUUACGUUUACUUUGUGACUUGGAGGGGGCGAUAACGUCCCUCAGAAGCGAACUACCAGGAACAAGAAGAAGCAGGCGAACAGCGGUAUUAACAAUCCCCGCCACUAACGUGCAUUGGCGCGCGUUGCUCGUGGACGUUUCUCUUCUACGACGUCGGCGAGGCUGCUGGAAAUAUGGCGGGUAUGGGUGCUACAGCUCCCAGCACUAGUUCAGUCGCAAGUCCGGUACAGCAGGGACUUAAGGAGGCAUUAAUUGAAACGCUGACGGCAAUCCUAUCACCAGUUCAAGAAGUGCGCGCCUCAGCAGAGGAACAAAUUAAAGUUUUGGAGGUGACCGAAGAGUUUGGAGUUCACCUUGCAGAGCUCACUGUUGAUCCGCAAGGGGCACUUGCGAUUCGCCAGCUUGCCUCUGUAAUUCUGAAGCAAUAUGUUGAAACACAUUGGUGUGCCCAGUCAGAGAAGUUCAGGGUGCCAGAAACAACAGAAAGGGCUAAAGCAGUAAUCCGUGAGUUGCUGCCAGGCGGAUUGCGGGAGUCAAUCAGUAAGGUGCGCUCCAGUGUGGCGUAUGCUGUAUCAGCCAUUGCUCACUGGGACUGGCCAGAGGCCUGGCCACAGCUCUUCGCCUUGCUUAUGGAAAUGUUAGUCAGUGGUGAUGUCAAUGCUGUGCAUGGUGCCAUGAGAGUUCUCACAGAGUUCACCAGAGAAGUCACAGACACACAGAUGCCACUGGUAGCACCUGUCAUUUUGCCAGAGAUGUAUAAAAUCUUCACCAUGGCAGAGGUCUAUGGCAUUCGCACACGUUCCAGGGCAGUUGAAAUAUUUACAACUUGUGCCAACUUAAUCUCUGCUAUUGAAGUAUUUGAAAAAGGUUCUGCCAAAGCCUUAUUUUUUCCUGUGGUCGAACAGUUCACUGAGGCACUUGUGCAAGCUGUGCAGAUGCCAGAUGGACCCACUUCAGACAGUGGUCUUAAGAUGGAGGUCUUAAAGGCAGUAACUGCUCUUGUGAAGAACUUUCCUAAACGUAUGGUGUCUUCCAUGCAGCAGAUUCUUCCCAUUGUGUGGAAUACACUGACAGAAAGUGCUUCUUUUUAUGUGAGAACAGAGGUAAAUUACACAGAAGAAGUGGAUGAUCCUGUUGACUCUGAUGGAGAAGUCCUCGGCUUUGAGAACCUGGUCUUCAGUAUCUUUGAGUUUGUACACACAUUGCUGGAUAACAAUAAGUUUAAGAGUACAGUAAGAAAAGCUCUCCCUGAACUCAUCUAUUACAUUAUCCUCUAUAUGCAGAUCACUGAGGAUCAGAUUAAAGUGUGGACAGUCAAUCCGCAGCAGUUUGUUGAGGAUGAAGAUGAUGACACCUUCUCAUAUUCUGUUCGAAUAUCUGCUCAAGAUUUAUUGCUGGUCGUAGCAACAGAGUUCCAGAAUGAGAGUGCUGCAGCUUUAGCUGCAGCUGCAACAAGACACCUUCAGGAAGCCGAGCAGGCCAAGAAUGCUGGCAGUGAGCACUGGUGGAAAAUCCAUGAAGCCUGCAUGCUGGCUUUGGGCUCGGUCAAAACCAUCAUCACAGAGAAUUUUAAGAGUGGUCGAAUACAGUUUGACAUGCAUGGCUUUCUUGCCAAUGUGAUACUUUCUGAUCUCAAUCUAGCAACAGCCUCUCCAUUUCUGCUGGGCCGGGCUCUAUGGGCAGCCAGUCGCUUUACCUCUGCCAUGUCCCCAGAGCUCAUUCAGCAGUUCCUGCAGGCGACAGUAAGUGGCCUGCAUGAGACCCAACCGCCAUCAGUUCGCAUCUCUGCUGUUCGUGCCAUUUGGGGGUAUUGUGACCAGCUGAAAUUGUCAGACAGCACGCAUGUUUUGCAGCCAUACCUGCCUAGUAUUUUGGAAGGUCUAGUGCAACUGGCUACUCAGUUCAGUUCAGAGGUCCUUACAUUGGUCAUGGAAACACUUUGUAUUGUAUGCACCGUGGACCCAGAUUUUACCACUAGUGCUGAGAGCAAGAUCUGCCCUCUCACUAUUGCCAUCUUUCUCAAAUACAGCAAUGAUCCUGUCGUGGCAUCCUUGGCUCAGGAUAUUUUUAAGGAGCUGGCUCAGAUCGAACUCUGCCAGGGUCCUAUGCAACUGCGCCUCAUCCCCACACUUGUCAGCAUCAUGCAGGCACCACCUGAUAAGAUUCCCUCAGGCCUUUGUGCUACAGCAAUUGAUAUCCUCACCACAGUCGUUCGGAACACUAAGCCACCUCUGUCUGAGAUGCUUGUGUGCCAGGCUUUUCCUGCUGUGGCCCAGUGUACCCUUAGUGCUGAUGACAAUGCAACAAUGCAGAAUGGUGGGGAGUGUUUGCGGGCUUAUGUCUCAGUGGCUUUGGAGCAGGUGGGCCAGUGGCAGGAUGAGCAGGGACACAGUGGCUUGUGGUACGUCAUGCAGGUAGUCAGUCAGCUCCUGGAUCCACGAAUGUCUGAGUUCACUGCCACCUUUGUUGGUCGCUUGGUUUCUACCUUGAUUGCUUGUGCUGGUACACAGCUGGGGGACCAACUGGACCAAAUGUUGCGUGCCAUACUUAGUAAAAUGCAGCAAGCUGAGACUCUCAGCGUCAUGCAGUCUCUGAUCAUGGUGUUUGCCCACCUGGUCCAUUCACAACUAGAACCUCUGUUGGAGUUUCUUUCCAGUCUGCCAGGGCCAACAGGAAAGCCAGCUCUAGAGUUUGUCAUGAUUGAAUGGAUGAGCCGCCAGCAUCUUUUCUAUGGGCAGUAUGAAGGCAAAGUCAGUGCUAUAGCUUUGUGCAAACUCCUUCAGCAUGGCAUUAACUCCAAUGACAAGUGCCUGCAAGAUAUAGUAGUCAAAGGGGAGGAAAUCUUUAAUCCUGAUGAAGCCAUUCGCACACGAUCUAAAUCUGCAAAAAACCCAGAGCGGUGGACUAACAUUCCCUUGCUAGUGAAGAUUUUUAAACUUAUUGUCAACGAGCUCUCCUCUGUCGUGGAGGCAAACACACAUCGAGCAAACCCCGUAGACUGGAGUCAAGAUUCAGGAGGAAUGUGGGAAGAUCAGGAGGAAGAUGAGGAAGAUAAUGAAGAUGAUGAAUUAGAAGGGCAACUUCUUUCUGACCUAAUAUCCUCCAACAAAUAUGAUGAAGAUUUUUAUGAGGAGGAUGAUGAAGAUGAUCCAGAUGCUUUAAAAGAUCCUAUAUAUCAAAUUGACCUUCAGGCCUAUCUAACUGAUUUCCUGUCUCAGUUUGCCCAGCAGCCAUGCUACAGCAUGUUUUUUGGCCAUCUAAAUGACUCUGAGAGGAGGGUUUUGGAGUCCAUUGGUAUUUAAACUGCAUCAUGAACUUUAAAAACUGCCCUUGUUUACCACUCAGUGGUAAAGUCAACUUGACUCUGGUGUCAUUGGAAAGCUUUUUAGGAAAGCCCGCACUUCUGAACCUGAACAUAAUUGAGAGCUUUGGAAUUUUCCUUCUCAAAGACAAUGCACAUAUUGACAUGUUCUAUCUCCUUGUAUACCUAAAGAGAUGCAGAAUACAUCAAGGAUCACCAAGGAUGCAGUACAUGCUAAAGAACAUAAUGCUAUUAAGGCACAAAAUGUAAGUGUACUAAUUGGGUUCUCAGGCAUUACAAAAGUAUUUGGAGGGGAUCAGUUAAUGUGUUCUGAUAUCACAAAUGAUUAAAAAGUAUACUGUCAUUUGUUUUUUUUUCUCGUAUUAUGAAUUCAAGUAGAUUUCAAAUCUUUCUCUAAUGGAAUGUAUAGAUUUUGAUGAACAAAUUAUGAAUUUGUUGUGGGAAAUAUUGGGAGAAAUUUGUUUUGACAUGCAAAGAUAGUGUUCCUCAUUUUUAUGGCCUUGGAAUGUGGUUGAUGUAAACGAUUUUGUGUCUUAGUAUAAAUAGCCUCUCCUUGUACCAACUGAAAUCCCUGAAAUAUGUUUAAAAAUAAACCUAUAAAUUUUCCAUUUUUCAA